GUCGAUGGGGAGCCUAGGUCCCCAUUCAGGAUAGGAGGGGAAAGUUUUCAGCCAAAUCCAACAUGUGAGGAAACAGCUAAUGGGCCUGACUGAGUGAGGCCUCCGUGUGAAAGGAAGGAAUGUGAGACAGUCAUUGACUGUACCACCAGAUCGAACUCUUGGCACUUUUCUACAAAAGGAUUUUUUAAAGCUAUCUCAGGUUGCAGAUGAAAUGGAAAUAAUACAAUCACUGGGAUUACAAUUGAAGGGAAAGAGGUUAAUAACCCUGUAGCAGUUCUUGCAAUGAAACCUUUCUAAAAAUUGUCAGUUGACAUGCGCCCAACAGGGAAUAUGGAGCUUGGCUUUUCUCGUUCGGCUGUCCAAACACUGUCAAGAAGCCAUUGCAAGAACAUCAAACAAAAGAUCUCUCAGUGGGAAGGAAGGACUAAUGGUGGGUCUAAUCCAGAACACCAGCAACUGAAAGACUUUGGAGUGAGAUAUAACUGUAAUCGGGAUGUUUUUUCUAAGACAACAGCUGCUUCUGUGGGAAAGAGUAAAAAGUUGGGACCUAUCAACUCUCCAAAUCUGGGACUGGAUCUGAGGGAAGAAGAGGUUCAAAGUGAGGAUGAAAAUGAGAGGCAUGAAGAUGAUUCAAGUUUAUUUCACAAUGAAGCAGUAACCAACAUGGUGUGUUCUCAGGUCAAACAAAUAGAAAGCUGGAAAGAUGAUGUUUUGAACCCAGAGAAUACGUUGCCUCCUGGAAACUUUUAUACCUCAAGAGUAUUAUGGAAGAAAAUGGAAGCCCUUCCUCCAGAUAAAGGCUUGAAUUUGUCUUUAGAAAGCUGUGGUUCUCCAGCGAAAGAACUGAAUCUCAGCAUUCUGGAUAGGCCAAAUGGAAUAGCCAAGAGUUUAGAAAAUGUUUACUCUGAUCCUGAGGGACAAGAAGCUGGACCUUCUAUAAACCCUCUGCCAAAGCCUCGUAGGACAUUCAGAUAUUUAUCCGAAUCAGAUGGUAUGCCACUUAAAGAGAGUAAUUGUAGAAGAGAGUACUGUGAAAAGCAGCCACUGGAUAAAUUGUUUGUAGAGCCCCCUGUCCCCCCAACUCUGGGUCUUGAAACAAAGAAAUAUGGUGGAAAAAUUAGAAGGAGAUCUAAAAGGAAAUCCUUUGAGUUUGAAGAUAUCCAGCACUUUCGAAAUCGGAACUCACCCAAGAUCCAUGAAGAACUUGGAGGAAACUCUGGAUCAGCACUUUAUUACACACAGUCAGAGGACAAUAUCUAUGAGGAUAUUAUAUAUUCUGCCAAGGAGAAUACAUAUGAGGAUAUCAAAGUAACUCCUAUACCCGUGUGGAGGGCUCCCUCAACAUGGAAGCUGCCACCCUCCAAAAAUACUUUUAAGCCACCCAAGCUUCCUCCCAAACCCCCAUUCCUCUAUCGUAAGACUAUGGAGCUGAAGAAUUCACAAGCCUGUUUCCGCUCAAAGCUUACAAAGGACACAACUUUGCCUGUCACUUUAACAGAGUGGAAAGUAUUCCGGGCUGGAGAAGCUGCAAACAGGAAAAGAAAAAACCUCCCAAGGCUUGUGUUGAAAAUACAGGAUAUUUUUGAUUCCAAGAGAGGAAAGAAGAGAGUCAAAUUGCAUCCUUGUACUGGGAAGGAAACACCCCCUGCCAAAGGUGAAGCCAGCGGGAACGAAAGUGAUGCGGAAUAUCUGCCAAAGAAUCGCCACAAGCGAAUAGCACAGCUCCAACAGGCCUCCAAGAGGAACCCUCACUACCAGACCCUGGAGCGGGACCUCAUUGAGCUCCAGGAACAGCAGUUAUUUGAACUCUUUGUCGUGGUGUCUCUGCAGAAGAAACCACUGGAAAUAACAUAUACUCCUCAAGUCAUACAGCAGUUCCCCAGCAAGGCUGACCAUCCCUUCAAGCAAUCCAAAGACACUGAGGAGAGGCUCAAAGUCAUCCCCAGCUUCUGUUUCCCUGAUUCUAACGACUGGGUACCUACAGCAGAACUGAAGAGUGAAACUUUCUCCUUUGUGCUGACGGGUGAAGAUGGGAGCCGGUGGUUUGGUUACUGCAAGAAGCUUUUGCCAGAAGGCAAAGGAAAGAGACUGCCUGAGGUGUAUUGCAUGGUUAGUCGGUUGGGCUGUUUCAACCUCUUUUCAAAGAUUCUGGAUGAAGUGGAGAAGAGGAGAGAGAUGUCUCCAGCCCUUGUACAUCCUUUCAUGCGGAGUGUCAUGGAAGCACCUUUCCCUGCUCCUGGACGUACCAUCACUGUCAAGAGCUACCUCCCGGGAGCCGGAGAUGGGUCAAUUGAACUCUGCCGACCACUGGAUUCUCGGCUUGAACACGUUGAUUUUGAGUGUCUAUUUAAAUGUCUAAGCGUAUGUCACCUCAUCCGAGUCUGUGCCUCGCUCCUUUUGGAGCGAAGGGUUAUAUUUGUUGCCAACAAUUUGAGCACUUUGUCUAAAUGCGGCCAUGCUGUGGUAGCCACACUCUAUCCCUUCACCUGGCAACAUACCUAUAUCCCAGUCUUGCCAGUCUCCAUGAUUGACAUCGUGUGCUCACCCACCCCGUUUCUUAUUGGUAUCCUAUCAUGCUCCUUACCAUUGCUCCAGGAUCUGCCCAUCGAAGAGGUGCUGAUUGUUGAUCUCUGUGCAGACAAGUUCUUGCAGGAGGUUUCUGAUGAAGAUGAAAUUCUACCACCAAAACUCCAGGCUGCUCUGGUGCAGAUUUUGGAAGAAAGAAAUGAAAUUUUGGCUCAAGAGCAGAGUUCUCCACAAGUAGAUGUGACGCUCAACACCCUAGUAUCUGAAGCUUUUGUCAGGUUCUUUGUGGAGCUGGUAGGACAUUAUUCUUUGAACAUGACUGUGACAGAACGUGGAGAACGUGUAUUCCAGAGGGAGCCUUUCCGAAAGUCUCAUACAUCUCGGAGCGUGCGUCACUUCCUGGAUCUGUUCAUGGAGACACAAAUGUUUGCGGGCUUCAUCCAGGACAGGGAACUUCGUAAGAGUGGGGUGAAAGGCCUGUUUGAAGUCCGGGCCUUUCAGUACUUGGAAGCAAUUCCAGAAUCUGAACCCAGUGGGGUUAACAAGAUUCUUCGAAGUCUUGGAAAUAAAAUGAAAUUUCUGCAGAAGAAAUGAAAACCUGAAUUUCUAUACCUGAAAUGGAACAGGAAAUGCUGUCCAGGUCCAGAUGCCAGGAUAUACUGACUAUGACUACAGAAUCCUUGGAAAAGAUGAAAAGAUUCAAGGAAGCAGUCAUUCUGAGGAUUUUACCCAGAUACUGGCUUAGGAAUCACUGCAGAAUUGUUGAGGGCAGUCUGAAAUCAAUGCUGUCUUCAGUUUAUAUCCAUUUUUUUGGAAAGAAAACAUUUCUGCUCCUUCAUAUUUAGGCUAAUUCUCUGGUGCUUGGACUAUAGGGAAUUUGUUUUUCUCAAGAAAGACUUGUUAAUGUUCAAUUAAAAUGAACACAUUAGGUGAGCAUGAGCCUCAUGCUGAAUUUUAGGGUGUUAAGUGGGAAUAGUGGAAAAAUGUCCUUAAAACUGAGUUCUAUGGCAGCUUUAACACAUUGGGAUGAUUGGCCCAAACUAAAUGUUAUCUUCAUUUUUUUCCUGAUGUUCUUUUUGUGGGAUCCCACACAGGUGGAUAAAGUCCUACUUUUCAACGCCUUUUCUUUUAGGAUAGGCAUCUUACAAUCCAUUUCUCCAGACAUAUCGGUAUUUAGUCUAUGAGAUUAUGGUUAUUGGAGAUGUUUCCUAUCAAACGAAAAUGAAACAGUGCCACUUUUAAGCCUCCAGGACAAGGGACUCUUUACCUAGCUGAAUGACACAAAAUUUGGGCUUCUCCUUAAACCUUGUGUUUUUUGCUAUGGAAGAGCUGAACCUCAUGAGAAUGUAACCUCAUUCUAGGGUUGUACCCCUUAGCUACCUGGACCCUUGGCACUCAAAGCAGUGCUAGUCUCUGGAAAGAGGGACUGAUCAGUGCCAUUUAGUAGCACUGUGUUUAAUUUUCAGACUCUGGAAUCUCCAUCCAACGUGGAUGCAAUUAACCGGCACAAACAUAUCUGUUCAAACUUAACAAAAUCUUACAGGCUGUUAGAAUAAAUUUUAUUGCCAUUCUCACAAGCAGUGAGCUUGUGUCAGUUGUUUUGUUUUUCUGGCAAAUUAGGAUCUGCCUUCACAGCCCAACCAGGUAGUUAUACCUGUAUAAAUAAAUCUGAAGCAGAAACCAUUCAGUGGCUGACGCUGUGUAACAUAAUUCCUGUAAUCUGGGCCUAGAGGAGAGAGCUAGCCCUAUGUCUAUUUUUAAAUGUAUAGUAAGCAUCUUAUCCCAACAGGGCCCUUGUUAGAUUAAACAUGUCUAGUUGUUCCCUUCUAGAAUCCCUCCCCCCCCCAUCUAUUCCCAAAGGAAUCUCUGAUGGGAAAACCAAGUAUUAAUAAAAUGGUGGGUGUGAGGGUGGGGGAAAGAAAUAAUCUAAGUUAAAUGUAGCAGGCUGAAUCCUGUUGGUCCCUCUGUGAGGAGACCCCCUGCCUCAGGGAUGGGGUGCAACUUUAUGCCCUAUAAACUGAGGAUGAUUCCUUGGGCUGUUGUAUUUUAUUUUUGUAAAGUACUAUGGAUCGCGGGUACGUCUGUGACAGCAGAAUUGCUCAAGAUUUGUAUAAAAAGUUGUUUACAGAUUUUAUAAUGUUUCAAAGAAUAAAAACAUUUAAAAAGCCAUUUUUUUCCUUUGAAUGGAAUAAA